GCAGCUCCUUAGAGACGGACAGGAGCCUGAGAACAAGCAGGCGGCCGGGAUGAUCACACACGGGGCAGGCUGACUGAAAAGACUUCAAAAAUGACACCAAGUGAAAAGCACAAACUGUAUGCAGAUGAAGAAAUCCUCAAAGAGCUGUGUGUCGGCAACGGGAUUUUAUACGACAAAGUCUCUCAGGAUGGCGAGAGUGUUUCUGUGUUGGAGAUGUUCUUCUCUGGGUAUCCCCGCAUGGUUGGACUGUCAUAUUUUCCCAAACUGACAACUCUUAUGCUGGUAGGACAAAGCAUUCGACGUAUUGAAGGGCUGGACAACUGCCCUCUGCUUAGGGAGCUCUGGAUUAUUGAAUGUCAGCUAACGAAAAUUGAAGGCCUUCGAAGUUGUGCUCAGUUACAAAAACUUUUCCUCUAUGACAAUAAGAUUGGGAAAAUUGAAAACUUGGACUCUCUGGAAAAACUGGAAGUUCUUUGGCUGAACAACAACUUGAUUAACACAAUCGAGGGGCUGAAAACCUUACAGAGUUUGAGGGAGCUGAAUCUUGCAGACAACGGUAUUGAAAAAAUUGGUGAAAGUCUUGAUUCAAAUUUGCGUCUAGAAAAGCUGAACCUCUCUGGAAAUAAACUAUGCUCCUUUAAGGAACUGACUCGUCUUGCAAACCUCCCAUGCUUAACUGAUCUAGCGCUGAAGGAUCCGCAGUAUCACCCAAAUCCAGUCUGUCUUCUCUGCAACUACGCCACACACAUGAUCUACCACAUGCCAAAGCUGCAGAGGCUCGACACAUGUGACAUCUCCAACAAGCAGAUAAAAGAUGCAGCAGAGAGCAUUGUGAUGAAAAAAAUGAUGUACUACAAGAUGAGAGUGAAGACUGUCCAACGGCAAUUGGCUGAAAUGGUGACACGAUUGACAGAGAAAAAAAAUGAAAUCCAGCAGUUGCCAGUUCAGCAGCUGAGGAAUCUGAUGUUUGUGCUAAAAAGUCUGGAGUACGAAUUAUCCGAGAUUCAGACUUCAUCUCCUAAACCCAACAGCAAGUCGCCCACCAGAUCCGCCGACAAACAACAUUCUGUUUCCGAGGCAACGAAAGAUGACGGGGACAAAGCUGAAGAACCCUUGAAAGACCUGAACAUUGAGCAAAAAAUGGUCUGCAAAGCUGCAAAGAUCAAAGAGAGGCUUAUCUUCUGGAAAAGGAAAAUGGAUGAGAUUGAGAAGUGCUUCCAGAAGGAGCUGCAAAGAACAACAGAAUUUAGUGAGAUCAUGGAGCAGUUUUUACUAAUGGAGCUGGAGACUGUUGGAAAUAUUCGAUUUGAGGAGGGCUGUCCAUCUGAUGUCUGGUUCAACUCCUGUUACGAUUUAAUCCUCUCUCGUUUCUGCGCCUCUGAUUUCCAAGCAUACCAAAUCACAGGAGUGAAAAUCUUAAGAAUCGUCAAAGUGCACAAUCAGAUGCUGAAGCUGAGGUUUGAAGAAAAAUCGCACACCCUGCUGGCCAGCGAGGAGUCGUCCUCUUUCCCCCAAAGUUAUAAGAGACUGAUGGACUACCUUUUCUAUGUUAAUAAUCCGGAACUUAUGAAUGGGAAGACUGAACUGCUGUCCAUCCUGGAGAAUGGCUUCAUGAAGACUGAUUCAUAUAAGGCCCUCGGUAAAGAGAAAGCUGUACCACUGUCUAACAGUUUCAGCCUUUGUGAAGAGCCCAGACUGGAGAAUUUAAAGGGGCAAGCUGAAGUAUCAGGCCAGGCCAACCUGGAUCCUAUUCCUUUCCGAUAUGGUCAGCUAAUCAUUGCCAAAGUGUUCCUUGGAAGAAGUGCUCAGGCUAAUGAAGGUCCAAUUGAGGAGGCUAAUUACCCAAAGGCGCAUUCUGUCUUUCGUACUCGAAGAGUACCAAGAGGUUCAGGAGCUGCAGAGUCAAAAGAGGCGUCCUGUACAGCAAAUCAACACGGGAACUGUGACUGCAGUCUGAGACAAAAUGAGUGGUUUGUAUUUGACCACGAGCUUGUCCUGCCAGAGUACGUCAUUGACUUUGAGUACCUCACUGAGGAGAAACCAAUGCUUCAGUUCUCCUCUCUACUUGAAGUCAAGUCUCCUGGAGUGACAGAUGAAGGCUCAAGUAAUCUGAAAGAAGUCCUGUUUAAGGGUGCCACUAGUCUUGAUGAAGAAAUCUUAAACAUGGAACCAAUCUACAAGCCCAAACCAAAAAUAAUCAGCCUUGAUGAAAAGACAAUCCUGUCGGUGUGCAAAGCGAAUAUCCUCAGCCAGAUCACGAUUCUCAAUCUUCAUGGGAACAGUUUAAAUAAACUGAAAGACCUGAGCUGCUUGACGUCUUUACGAAAACUCUCAAUCAGCUUUAAUGAAUUUACCCAUCUAGAAGAUGUCUCACACCUGCCCAAUUUAGAAUACCUGGAUGCAAGCCACAAUCACAUAGCAGGCCUGGAGGGAAUGAGAAGCCUAAGCAAGUUGAAGCAUUUUGACCUGAGCUGGAACUGUCUGACGAGAGUAAGAGAUGAGAUAGCCAUCCUCCGCAAGCACACCCCUGCCCUUCUCUACCUGGAUAUAUCAAACAACCCGUGGCUAAAGACAGACUCCCUACGACUGGCAGUGAUAGGCCGAUUGAAGAGCCUGACUCAUCUCAAUGGCGUCCCUGUCACGGAGGAGGAGGCAGCUGCAGCACUGAAGAGAGUUACGGGGUCCAGGAUAACUCAGGUCUCUCUGUUGGCUCACUCCAGAACUGAUGAAGUACGACCCCGAAGCCUCAGUCUGCUCUCUUCUGCCCAGGUCCUGUCUCAGCUUAGCAAUAAAAAGCUCAGCCCUGUCGAAAAGCUGGAAACAGGCUGGUAUUUAAAGAUCACUUCCUUGAAUCUCAACGGAGUGAGCCUGACACGGCUGACCAACCUAGACAAGCUGCAUAACCUGCGCUGGGCCUCUUUCAAUGACAACGAUAUCAGCAAAAUCGAGGGCUUAGACAACUGCCAGCGCAUUGAGGAAUUGUCACUGGAUGGGAACUGCAUUUCAAAACUUGAAGGACUUUUAAAGUUGACAAAACUAACACGGCUGAGUCUGAACAACAACCGCCUGACUUCACUGGACACAGGGGUGCUUGAAAAACUGCCUCACCUUCACUGCCUCUCUGUUGAGAACAAUCAUAUCAGCUCACUGCAGGGCCUGCACAAAGUUUCCUCCUUGAUUGAAUUUUAUAUCGGAAAUAACAAUAUAUCUACAAACCGGGACAUCUACCACCUGAAGGGUCUCUCCAACCUUAUCAUUCUGGAUUUGUAUGGCAAUCCGAUUGUGCAAAAUCAAGAAAACUACAGACUCUUUGUUAUAUUCCAUUUGCCAACACUCAAGGCCCUGGAUGGAUCCGCGGUGGAGCCCUCCGAAUGUGAAAAUGCAAAGGACGCCUUUGGAGGCCGGUUAACGCCUGAUAUGGUCACAGAGAAGUUGGGACACUCGGACUACUCUGACGUCCAUGAGCUUGACCUGCCUGGAUCAGCCAUAAGGACGGUGGACCUUUCACCUGCUGAGCUGUUUAAAUCCCUGCGGAGUGUGAAUUUGGAGCAUAACAGUCUGACAUCAUUUUGUGGCCUAAUUUUCCUUCCCAAUGUGAAGGUGUUGUAUCUGAACCACAACCAUAUUGAGUCUAUCCUACCCCGUCAAAAAACACAGUCACAAGCAACCAACCGGCCGCUGCUGUAUCACAAAGUGGCCUCCAGUGGUUAUGGGCAACCCUCCAAUUCCAAGGGCUUCAGGGACACUGGACUGACUGAAAACCAACCAAUUAUAAUGGAAAGCUUAGAGGUGCUUCAUUUAGGCUACAAUGGAAUCUCCAACCUCUUGCAUCUUCAGAUCGGACGACUUGGAAAUCUAAAAGCACUCUAUCUUCAAGGCAAUGAAAUAAGCCAAAUAGAAGGGCUAGAAAGCCUCCAGCGCCUUCAGGAAUUAGUGCUCGAUCGCAAUCGGAUCAAAUCAAUAAAUGACAAUUCCUUUGUGGGUCAGACAUCUCUCGCUGAGCUGCACUUGUCUGAAAACAGGAUACGGGAAUUGAGCAACUUGCAGCCAUUACCAGAACUGCGCAAGCUUUUUUUAGGGACAAAUAAAAUCCAGGAUAUGACGGAGCUGGAGAAACUGGAGAGCCUGCCUAAACUUACUGAACUCACACUUACUGGCAAUCCUGUGAGUCGCAAGGUGAUCUAUCGGUCUACAGUCAUACUUCGAAUUCCUGGCCUUCAGACACUUGAUGGGACUGGAGUGACAGUGGAAGAGAGAACGAGAGCCGAGCUUCAGCUUGCAGAUCAGCAGGGAUCUGUGCCUGCUAAUUCUACACUUGAAAUCGGUCUGUCUGGUUUUCUGCCUGUCAUGACAAAGCCAGCCCCUCUCCGAAUGAACAACAUGCACAUGACUGGUGGGCUGCAGCACUUGAUGAGUCAAGAUGUCCUGACCCAUGGAUUUGAAGAUGCCUUGCCCCACGAGACCAUUAAAUAUAAAAAGUAUAAACACACUAGCGGACUCAUCACGACAAAUUCUCGGAGUGUUCAUGCUGAAAUUGCUUUCCGGCAGCUGAGAGGUGGUUCUGGAUUUCCGUCAGCGUCAGCAAUGCAGCAGAACCUGCUGUCUCGCCUUUUGCCAUCUUACCCAAACAGCCAUGACCAGGAACGAAGGUUCCAAAGAAGCAGUGCUCACAGACCAGCACGGAUGUAACAAGAUGGCCCAGCUCAGAAGAGACUGUGCUGGGUAGAGACACUUAAAUGAUGAGCUGAGUACUAAAGAGAGGAAGCAGGAGCUGUAUAAUAGUUUACAGUCAAGAUGGCCCCACUGCAAACCUGCUGUUAAUAAAUUAUUUAGAAUUUUGAAGCAUUUGAUUUUAAUUUUAUAAGCCGAGGAGGCAGUGAAGCCCCUCACAAGAAGCCCUUCACUGCUGUGUGACAGCCUGGAGGCUGCUAGAAUGGAGUGUCGACCUGAAAGAUGGACAUUUGUUAGUGCUGAAGGCAAAUGCUUAGAGGAAUUCUGAAAGAUGAACUUGAACAAGCAUCCUGCCUGCAGUGGUGUCUUAGUCAGCAAGGGCUGGGACAGGAAUUCCCUGCUUUUAUCGAUUUACUCUUUUGGUUUGUUUUGUAAUUGAAGAAGCUACCUAAUACGAUGGCCAAUAUUACUUUGACUAUCAAAGACUAUGUGCCUCAGAAGUGAUCUCAAGACUUCAGCUCUUUAUGGUCAAUCCUACAAAUAAGUCAGGAUUGGGUGAAACACAGCAGUCAUUAAGGGUCACGGUAACAGGACAAGAAGAGGAAAGCAGUCGCGGUGGUAUGACACCUUUAUAUCAGUGAAUUCAUGACAAUCAUUAGGCAAGAUCACUUAUUACGACUUCCUGGGAGCCUAGCAGCACAUUAAUGAAUAUGAAAUGAUUCCCUAAGAAAUGAUAAAAAAUGGUAGUUUUUCUUGACUCAUCACUGUCUGCAAAAAGAACAACUUCUAAAAUAAAUUACAAGGUAUAUUUGGUUUAUGGGAACAUAGCAUGGUGUGCAGCAGUGCGCCAACACGUGUCACAGCCUGGGUGAGGUCUGCACAUGAUGGGCCCGACUCCUUUGUCUUUUGUGGCUUAUGACUAAUAGGCGCGUAUUUUGUACGGAGCACUGUCAGCAUUAUUAAAAUGUGACUGAUAUUUGUCAUAACCAGUCAAUGAAUGCAAAGAUGAAACCCAAAAUUGGGGCAGGAACUCACACUGCGCUCUUGUAAAAAUGAUUCCCCGUGAACCACAGUUCAUUCACUAAGAAAACUGAGCAAAACGUAUUGGGGUACGCAAGUAUACUGGAGACAAGAACGAGAUGAUGAUGUCCUUGAUGUAAGGCACAGUUGUACUGGGGUGGGAUAGACGCGAGGAAGGUACCUGGGAUUUCAUGGUGACUGAAAACUGGCCACCACUGUCACCUGCAGAAGAGUAAAACAUGCCAAAUGGGAAGUAACCGAGCAAUUGUAGGGUUUCAGAGUCUGGCUUCACCAGCCAACUCUGUCAUAGCAGGGCUUUCAGUAGAAAAGAUCCUGUGAAGAUCUAGACUGAGCUUUCAGUGUCAGUUAAACAUGUGUGAACUGUAUGCCAAGACAAAAGUUUUUAAAUUGUUAAGAGGAUAAGCAAAGUUGGUAAAAUAAUAUUAGUAAAUGAAUUUGUCUGCAUGUGAGAAGACAUUCACACAUGCAUUAGGGCUAUUAUUCUGUGCCACAGAGGCACCUUGUGGCACUGUGGCUCCUAGUUGGGUGCAAUUCCCAUCUGUUGUGUCUCAUACAUGUAGAUUUCAUGUUCACCUGUUCAUGUGUGCUUUCUCCAAAGAUUCUGUUUUUCUCCCCAAAUCCAAAGAUGUGCUUUUAAUUUCUGCACUGGUGUCUCAUAUUUGCUCUGUAUGAGCAGAAAUACUAGAUCUCUGAAGCAGCAGCAUUAACUACUGUGCCACCAUGAUGCCCAUAUUUAGACGUUCGUGGACAAAUCCCGCUUUCUUUCUUUCUUUGUGUACUUUUUCCAAUAUGUGUCAUAUCACUGGUGUUUCAUUGAAGCCAGUCUUUUUUUUUUUUUAAAGGAGUCCAGUGCAUGUGGGUUUGAAUCUGCAGUACGCAGGCGGCCAUGAUGGCCAGCUUUGUAUACAGACAGUGGGGAACUGCAGACCGCAGCUUAUGGAAACUGGCCCUUUUGUGAGGGGAUUUGAUGGGCUUAGUGACAUGGAAGAGGUUUCGGAUGUGGCCUUUUUAUGCCAUUAUAUUGUUUGCAGUAUGAUUUUCAAUUCUUUUAAAAACACUCACAGAUGUUUGGUCUGAAAACAAGUUGUGUGCCAAUAGAUCAGCUGUAUGCCCACCAAGUGGAUAAUCCUGAUUUAUCACACCUCUGCGGAAAAUCAAGUGUUAUUAGUAUCGUUGGGUCGGUAAUUCCAAUCUGAGUGCCAUCGUUGGCCCAGAUGUGAAAAAUCAAAAUGAGCUUUCAAACGCUAUGUGCAGAUGAAUGUGCCACCCACAGCAGACUGCCUGUAUGUGUUGGCAUGGCUAUUUGCUGUGCACUUCAGAUGCCAGUUAAAAAGAUGAUAUCUGAUUGAUAUCUCAUGAUGUGGGAGGCAGGAGGAAAGUGAUGUAGGACAUCCUUCAUAAUGCCAUCUCUUUACAGGAACUGCCAGGCUGGUGUCUCGGGGUGCCACACAAGAUCAUAUUCAGGUUCUGAGGUAUGCUAGCACUCCUACUUGCAGGGCCAUCAUUUCAGUAUUGAUCACUUUAAAUCGUGGUGUAACAAACAGAAUCUCCAUUUAUGAACACUGGCUUAAUCUGUUUUUUUUUAUGGAUGCUAGUUAUGGAAUUUGUAAAGGUUACAAGGUGGCCUUGAUCUUGAAGUGCUACUGCAGCUGUUACUUGCCUCACUCUUUUAAUAUACUACAGUACUGUAUCUUACUGGUCUGCGUUGGUCAUAAUGAUUGCAGCUACAGGUAGGACAGCUUCACACGCAUUGAGUAUUCCUGCCCAACCCAUCCUGAGGAAUCUUCUGGACCACAAAAGGGGCUUGAAAUACCCCAGUAUUAUUAGAAAAGUAGAGAAUGUGGUGAGCCAUUUUUAAGCCCUUCUUGUGUCUUGUAAAAUGUUGGCCAAGAAAUCUGCAGCUCCAGUUAUGCACAUGUCCGCUCAUCAAAACAGAAAGAAAGAAAAAUGCCAAGCCAGAGCAGCUGAAUAGUCCUUUAAGAAUAACAUAAGGCCAUAAGAUUCUAAUGUACAAAGAGUUCUUCACCAUCGGUGCUUUAGUUUUAACGUCAGUGUCGAACAUGAAAAGGCAUCUCACGUUCUUCGAUGGCUUUCUGGAAUCACUUUUUUUUUAAGGUGUCAGUAUUUAAUUCUUCAAACCUGUGCAUUUUGUUAUGGGUAGCGUGCUGAAAGGUCAAGCUGCUCUCGUGUGAAAUCCAUCACUGGAUGCGGGCAUCCUUCGUGCUCUUAGCGUGUGCAGUUUCUAGUUAUGACCACUAGAUGUCCUCGCCGUCCCACCGCCCUGUCAUCUGGUGCGCUUCAUGUAAUGUGAUGCAGCGGUUUGAUCGGCUCAGUACACACGAAACUGUACAGCUCUGGGGGGCUUGUGGAUUACUCGCGUUUCAUUGUGCACAAAAUAAAUAAAUAAAUGUCUCUUUUGUGA